CGCCGCCGCUGCUGCUGCUGCUGCUGGCCGUGCUGCUGCUGGCCGGGCCGGGUACCUCGGUGCAGGGCGGCCACCAAGGGCGUGACGACGACUCUCGACGCCAAGUGGAGCAACACCCCACUGCUGAUCGAGGCCAGCGAGUUCAUCGCCGAGGAGAGCAACGAGAAAUUCUGGAACUUCGUGGACACCGUCCAAGACCUCUCGGCUGUCCUUGGCGCCGCGUCAGAGCAGUCGUACUACAGCCUGCUGCACAAGAAGGCGGCACAGUUCCUGACGCCCCUGCAGCAGAACCUGCUGCGAUACUCCCUCGCCAUGCGCACUCACUCAGCCACGGUGCAGAUGUUCCAGCAGAUCGCUGCAGAGGAGUCUCCACCUGAGGAUUGUGCAGCGUUUGUUGUGAUUCACGGACUCAGCAGCUGCAGCGCUGAUGGUGUCAAGAAGCUCCUGCAGACAGCACGGGACAGGCCGGCCCCCUACCUCUACAAGGCCGACCACCGCUACCCCUCCGGCUCCGGCGGCGGUGGCGCCACCACCACCACCACCACCACCCCACCGCCGGCGCCGCCGCUGCCGGUGGCCGUGCUCUACGGCGAGGUGGGCAGCGCUGCCUUCUCGCGCCUGCACCGCACGCUGGCCGACCGCGCCGCCAGCGGGGAGCUGCUGUACGUGCUGCGCCACUACGUGCAGAAAGCGCCGAGUGGCAAGGUGCGGCUGUCUGGCUACGGCGUGGAGCUCGCCAUCAAGAGCACCGAGUACAAAGCCAAGGACGACGCACAAGUCAAGGACGCGGGCGUGAAUGCGAGCGUGGUGGACGUGGAGGACGAGGUGGACGAGGUGCAGGGAUUCCUCUUUGGGAAGCUCAAGCACCUGCACCCCGACAUGAGGAGUCGGCUGGACGAGCUGCGGAGUCACAUGAUCGAGAGCACCAAUGAGAUGUCUCCGCUCAAAGUGUGGCAGAUGCAGGACCUGAGCUUCCAAGCGGCUGCCCGGAUCGUCACGGCUCCCAAAGUGGACGCGCUCAAAGUCAUGAAGGACAUCAGCCAGAACUUUCCCACCAAGGCCAGGUCUCUGACAAAGACGCAGGUGAGCCCCGAGCUCCGGAAGGAGAUUGAAGACAACCAGAAAUACUUCUCGGGAGCCGUGGGCCUCCAGCCAGGGGAGUCGGCACUCUUCAUCAAUGGCCUCAACAUCGACCUGGACAUUCAGGACCCGUUCAGCGUGCUGGAGCUGCUGCGUGUGGACGCGCGCCUCCUGGAGGGGCUCCACGCGCUGGGGGUGGAGGGGGAGGCGCUGCCGCAGCUGCUGCUGCGACUCUCCGUGCACCAGCAGGACGGCAGCUACGCACUGGACACUCGCUCGCCUGCUGUGCUUUGGGUGAACGACGUGGAGCGUGAUGGGCUGUACUCGUCGUGGCCAGGCAGCGUUCAGGAGCUGCUGCGGCCAACUUUCCCUGUCAUGCGCCAGAUCCGCAAGAACUUCUUCAGCCUGGUGCUGGUGCUGGACCCGCUGGACAAGGCCACCAAGGAGCUGCUGAAGCUGGCAGAGAUGUUCUACCAGAACCACGUCCCUGUCAGGCUGGGCUUGGUGUUCGUGGUGAGCGGUGAGCAAGCGGUGGAUGCGACAGACGACGCCGGCGUCUUCCUCGUGCGGGCCUUCAACUUCGCCGCCGGUCACUCCGGCAACGCCGACGCCUUCGGCCUCGUCCUCGCGGUGUACGACGCGCUAGAGGAUGGAGCGUCGCUCUCCGUGCCGCUCAUCUCGGCGGUGCUGGCACAGAGGUUCCCGGCGCUGCGCCUGCCGCACUCGGCGCUGCUCGCACCGGACUCGGAGUUCGACGAGGGACGUGAGGCCGGCGUGUCUCUGUACCGGCGCUCGGGGCUGGGCGAGCUGCCCCAGGUGCUCUUCAAUGGCGUGCCGUACGCCACCAGCGACUUGGAGCCCGACGACUUUGAGACGGCCACCAUGCAGAAGAUCAUGGAGGCCACGGCCUUCUUCCAGCGCGCAGUCUACAUGGGAGAGCUGACCAAUCAGAUGAGCGUGGUGGAGUUCGUGGCAGAGCAGCCAAACGUGGUGCCACGGUUCAACCAGCGGGUGCUGUCCACGGAACGACGCUACCUGGAUCUCACCUCGCCAGGCCACUACUCGCUGGAGGACUUUCCCACCUUCACGUUCCUCGACUCGAAGGACAAGAGCGGAGCCGUCGCCUCCAGCCUCAAGUACCUCGCCAAGACCGACGAGCAGCUGGCCCACGCCGUCACCCUCUGGGUGGUGGCCGACCUCGACGAGCCGGCAGGUCGCGAGCUCCUCCACAACGCCGUCAAGCACAUGCGCUCCAGUGCCGGCGUGCGUGUGGGUGUGGUGAACUGCGCGGCGGAGGGUGCGGCUGGCCCGGUGGGGCGUGCGGUGUGGGCGGCGCUGGACACGCAGAGCGCCACCCACGCCAAGAACUUCGUGGCCAAGGCGGUGCGGGAGGAGGCCUGGUCGGUGCUGAGGCAGGGCGGGGAAGCAGCCCUCUCCGAGCUGCUCAUACACGGCAUGGAGAAGCAGCGCCUGCUGGACGCGCUGCACUCUGAGCGGAGCUCCGAGGCCCUGCAGGCUCAGGCUCUCUACUGCCACUCCGUGCUGCACGUAGAGCCAUCGGGGAGAGCCGUCGUCUGCAACGGCCGGGUGGUGGGCCCCCUGGCCGCCAACGAGACGUUCAACCAGGAGGACUUCCAGCUGCUGGAGAAGGUGACAAGGGCAACGUCCGCCGACAAGAUCCUGGCCAUGGUGCAGCGCAUCGGGGAGACGGGGAGCAGGGCCAGUGACCUCGUGAUGAAGGUCGACUCGCUGCUGUCCGCGGCCCCCAAGGGCGACGCUCGCUCCGAGGUCAAGUUCGCUGACGACCGGCACAGCGUGGUGAAGCUGCGUCCGCGUGAGAAGGAGGUCUACUUUGACGUGCUGGCCAUCGUGGACCCCGUGACGAGAGACGCUCAACGCCUCGCACCUCUCCUCGCCGUGCUGAGCGAGGUGGUGAAUGUUCACUUGCGCCUGUUCAUGAACUGCAAGCCCAAGCUGUCGGAGAUGCCACUAAAGAGCUUCUACCGCUACGUGCUAGAGGCGGACGUGACGUUCACGGUGGACGGCCGCUCCACGGCUGGGCCCUCGGCACGCUUUGUGGACCUGCCACAGUCUCCGCUGCUCACGCUGAACAUGAUGACUCCGGAGGGCUGGCUGGUGGAGUCGGUGCGGGCCGCCUACGACCUGGACAAUAUCUACAUGGAGGAGGUGGAGGGUGUGAUCACGGCCGACUUCGAGUUGGAGUUCCUCAUCCUGGAGGGCCACUGCUAUGACGUGACCACGGCACAGCCUCCUCGCGGACUCCAGUUCACACUGGGCACCCGCAGUCAGCCUGUCGCCGUGGACACCAUCGUCAUGGCUAACCUGGGAUAUUUUCAGCUGAAAGCAAACCCCGGAGCCUGGAUCUUGCGACUUCGCAAGGGUCGGUCGGAGGACAUCUACAACAUCUUCACGCACGAGGGCACCGAUUCGCCGCCCGACGCUGAGGAAGUCGUCGUGGUGAUGAGCAGCUUGCAGAGCAAGAGCCUCAAAGUGCGGGUACAGAAGAAGUUGGGGAAGCUGAGUGAGGAGCUGCUGAGUGACGACUCCCACGGGGAGGGCGGCGGGGGCGGGGGGGGCAUCUGGGACUCCCUGCGCAGCAGCUUCACUGGAGCAGCGAGAUCUGAGGAGAGUGACUCUGACAAGCAGGAGGAGGUCAUCAACAUCUUCUCUGUCGCCUCGGGUCACCUCUAUGAGCGCUUCCUUCGGAUCAUGAUGCUCUCCGUGCUCAAGCACACCCAGACACCGGUCAAGUUUUGGUUCCUCAAGAACUACCUCUCACCCACCUUCAAGGAGUUCAUCCCCCACAUGGCGAGGCGGUACGGCUUCCGCUACGAGCUGGUGCAGUACAAGUGGCCUCGCUGGCUGCACCAGCAGACGGAGAAGCAGAGGAUCAUCUGGGGCUACAAGAUCCUCUUCCUCGACGUGCUCUUCCCCCUCGCGGUCGACAAGAUCAUCUUCGUAGACGCUGACCAGAUCGUGCGGGCUGACCUGCGCGACCUUCGCGACCUCGACCUGGAGGGCGCUCCGUACGGCUACACGCCGUUCUGCGAGAGUCGCAGGGAGAUGGACGGCUACCGCUUCUGGAAGUCGGGAUACUGGGCCAGCCAUCUUGGGGGGCGCAAAUACCACAUCAGCGCCCUGUACGUGGUAGACCUGAAGAAGUUCCGCAAGGUGGCCGCUGGGGACCGUCUGCGUGGCCAAUACCAGGCCCUGAGCCAGGACCCCAACAGCCUCUCCAACCUGGACCAGGACCUACCAAACAACAUGAUUCACCAGGUGGCCAUCAAGUCGCUGCCGCAGGAGUGGAUGUGGUGUGAGACGUGGUGUGAUGACUCCUCCAAGCGUCACGCCAAAACCAUCGACCUCUGCAACAACCCCAUGACGAAGGAGCCCAAGCUCUCGGCGGCCGUGCGCAUCGUCCCUGAGUGGGUGGACUACGACGCCGAGGUCAAGCGGCUGUGGGGCUCCAUCCAGGACGAGGACGCGGCGGGGAAGCAGCAGAAGCAGCAGCAGCAGGACGACAAGAAGCAGGACAAGAAGCAGGACGACAAGAAGCAGAAGCAGAAAGACAUGGAGCCAGGGCGCGAGGAGCUGUGAGCGUCAACGGAGGAGGAGGAGGUGGAGGAGGUGGAAGAGGAGGAGGAGGUGGAAGAGGAGGAGGAGGUGGAAGAGGAGGAGGUGGAAGAGAGGAGGCAUCGCAUCGGGACAGCCGGAUCGACGGUGGAUUUAAUUUUAUUUUGUGGAAGCGAACGGACAGAAAUUUAACGGCACGGAGGUGACAGAAGAUAAAAAAACCUCACGACGUUUCUCAGGCUUCUCGGGAGUCCGAUUCGCCGACGACGCCGACGGACCAAUCGGGACGACCGAUGCUGCGGGGGAGGGCGGGGAUGGGGGGCGGAGCGUGCCGGGACGCCCGGCCAAUCGCGCGCGAGCAUUCGCAGGGAGGUUUGACGCUGCGGUGACGGCCGUUGCGUGGCGCGGUUUACGUACGUCACGGCCGAGGGGAAGUGACGUCACGGCCGAGGGGAAGUGACGUCACGGCCGAGGGGAAGUGACGUCACGGCCGAGGGGAAGUGACGUCACGGCCGAGGGGGAAGUGACGUCACGGCCGAGGGGAAGUGACGUCACGGCCGAGGGGGGGUGACGUCACGGCCGAGGGGAAGUGGCGUCACGGCCGAGGGGAAGUGACGUCACGGCCGAGGGGAAGUGACGUCACGGCCGAGGGUAGUGACGUCACGGCCGAGGGGAAGUGACGUCACGGCCGGAGGGGAAGUGACGUCACGGCCGAAGGGGAAGUGACGUCACGGCCGAGGGGAAGUGACGUCGCGGCCGAGGGGAAGUGACGUCGCGGCCGAGGGGAAGUGACGUCGCGGCCGAGGGGAAGUGACGUCGCGGCCGAGGGGAAGUGACUUCGCGGCCGAGGGGAAGUGACGUCGCGGCCGAGGGGAAGUGACGUCGCGGCCGAGGGGAAGUGACGUCGCGGCCGAGGGGAAGUGACGUCGCGGCCGAGGGGAAGUGACGUCGCGGCCGAGGGGAAGUGACGUCGCGGCCGAGGGGAAGUGACGUCGCGGCCGAGUGGAAGUGACGUCGCGGCCGAGGGGAAGUGACGUCGCGGCCGAGGGGAAGUGACGUCGCGGCCGAGGGGAAGUGACGUCGCGGCCGAGGGGAAGUGACGUCGCGGCCGAGGGGAAGUGACGUCGCGGCCGAGGGGAAGUGACGUCGCAUAAGCGAUGUAAUUUGAACCAACCGGGUGCCUUCAGUCUCCAGCGGUGGCGCCCCCCCCCCCCCCCCCCCCCCUUUUUCGCGCGUCGGGGCAUCCGAUUGGUCGAGGCGCGUGCGCCGAGUGAUCGCGAACGCUCGCCCGUCAUUGGUCCCCUGCCCGGCCAGCGGCUACAACAAUAACGGAAAUAACGACGCGCUUUGAUUGGUCCUCGAGGGGUAGGGGGAAGCUGUUUACCGAUUGGUCGGCAGGGCUUGGGCGAAGCUGUUUACCGAUUGGUCGGUAGGGGUAGGGGGAAGCUGUUUACCGAUUGGUCGGUAAGGCUUGGGCGAAGCUGUUUACCGAUUGGUCGGUAGGGGUAGGGGGAAGCUGUUUACCGAUUGGUCGGCAGGGCUUGGGCGAAGCUGUUUACCGAUUGGUCGGCAGGGGUAGGGGGAAGCUUUUUACCGAUUGGUCGGUAGGGGGGGGAAGCUCUUUACCGAUUGGUCGAUAGUGGGAAGCUCUUUACCGAUUGGUCGGUAGGGGGAAGCUCUUUACCGAUUGGUCGGUUUUGCACGCGUUAAUAUUUUUAUUUUUCACCGAUAAAUUUGGACCCCCCCCCCCCCUCUCUCUCUCUCUCUUUUGUUUUCUUUAAAAAAUUUAUUUUCAAGAUUAAUGUCUCCAGGUUGGCAGUGGCUGUUUUUGUCGUUGUUGUCGGCGUUUUACGAUUUUGCGAUUCGCGUUUUGCUCGCCGAAGAGAAAAUAAUAAUAAAAAUAAUGGGAUGUUUACAUUCGAUUAUUGAAGCGUGA